AUGUAUCUCUUCCCCUGUCCACCCACCAUCAAGGACCACUCCCUGGAUUGUGCCUCAAACCAGGCCUACAUCUCCUGGGUUGACAAUGACGAUGCUGUGGGCUUCCUCAUCAACGCCAGCUCUGCCCUGGGUCACACCCCCUUCUGCAGCUCCACCAACACCUCCUGUCUCCUUGACGACCUGCUCUGUGGACAGACCUACACUGUGCAUGCCAUUGCCCAGGGAGACCAGUGCAACAGUGAGCCCAGCGAGUCGUUCGAGAUCGUCACAGCCCCUUGCACCCCAGCCAACGUCCGGUCCCAGUACGAGUGUGGUACGAGUAUAGCUCUGCUGAGCUGGGACGAGACUCUGGGGCAUGACAGCUUCAUCGCCCGUGUAGAGUCUGGUGACCACAGUGACUCCUGCAGUACGACUGAGACCCAAUGCUCUUUGACCACGCUCAUGUGUGGUCAUCUCUACAAUGUGACUGUGAAUGCUCUGGCUGGACACUGCAACAGCAGCCAGUCAGCUGCCACACAGAUACAGACAGCUCGCUGUGCCCCGCAGAAUGUCAGUGCCAGUCUGCUGUGUGGAAACAACACCGUGGCUGUGACCUGGCUGGCCAGCUCUGGUGCCGUGGGCUACACUGUGACCGCCCUUGGUCGCGACGGCGACGCCAAAACCUGCACCACAGACGACACCAGCUGUGAUCUGCCAAACAUGCACUGUGCUCAGACCUAUGAAAUCACUGUCACCCCCUUCUCUGAGACGUGUGAAGGCUUCCAGAGCACUGCCUUCACCUUCAUUGCAGGUCCAUGUCCCCCCACCGAGGUCCAAACCUCUCUGCAGUGCGAGAGUAAUGUGGGUUCCGUGUCCUGGGUCGCCGCCCCCACCUCCAAGAUGUACAUUGCAACAGCGACCGACCAGGACGGCCACGCCCACACCUGCAUCACCAAUGGGACGGCGGGCUGCUCCUUCAGCGAUCUGAAAUGCGGCGAGACCUACAACGUCUCAGUGGUAACCAUGGAGAGGGGAUGCCAGAGCGAGCCCAGCGCACCAGUCACCCUCAAAGCAUCCAUCUGUCCUCCUACCAGCCUGGCUGGAGUGACGGCCUGUGACACCAACGACCUGACUAUCACCUGGGACCAGAACCCAGAGACCGGUGUCACCUAUUUCCUGUAUUCCCAGAAAGAGGGCGGAGCCAACACCAGCUACUCCACUGUAGACACGUCCUAUGUGAUCUCAGGGUUGCAGUGUGGAGAACACUACAGCUUCAGGGUCACGGCCAAGGACUCUGUCUGCACCAGCAACCUAAGCUCAACCAUGGAGAUGGACACAGCUCCUUGCCCGCCCACCAACCUAACUGCCCAGGCAAACUGUAGCACCAAUGGGGGCACCAUCACCUGGGACUUGAGUGCAGGAGGCGUCACCUACACCGCCAUGGUAACCGGUACAACCCACAGCCUCACAGCCUUCUGUACUUCCAACGCCACUUCCUGUUCUGUGAAGCUGGACUGCGGACAUCCUUACUCAGCCUCUGUGGUUGCCUCCACUGGGACCUGCAACAGUACCAUGGACACCAUCCAGUUCGACUCAGCCCCCUGUCUACCUGGCAACGUAGCAGCAGCCCUGGACUGCAGUGCCAACACAUUUGCAGUGCAGUGGUCAGAGAGUGAGGGGCACCGCAACUCCUACACAGCCCUGGCCAUCGGCAGUGACGGGUCUAAUCUCAGCUGUGGCACCAGCUCUACAACCUGCACCAUCAACAGCCUGGCCUGUGGCAUCACAUACAGCAUCGCUGUCAGCACCGCCAAUGUCAACUGUGCCACUAUCGAGGGAUCAGACUACCGAAUCCAGUCAGCUCCCUGUAAACCAGAAAGCCCUGCGGUGAGCCUGGAGUGCAGUACUAAUGUAGCCAAGGUGACGUGGGACAACGCUGGACCUGACCAAAUCCACAUGGUGUCAGCGGUGGACUGGCAGGGAGUGAAGAGCUCCUGUAACAGCACUGGCUCCAACUGCACCUUCAGCUCUCUGAGCUGUGGACAGGCCUAUACAGUCACUGUACAGGGCCUCACUGACACCUGCAAGAGCAAACUCAGCACCAGCAUGAACCUGCUCACAGCCCCCUGUGUCCCCACCCACUUGACAGCCGAUGUGGACUGUGAAGCCGGCAUCACGUCUGUGACCUGGGACUCAGCCCGCGGUGCCACCGGCUACACAGUACAUGCAGAAGGCAGCGGUGGGCACAAUGCCACCUGUACCAGCUCAGACACCAACUGUGCUUUCCUUGAUCUGGUGUGUGGACAGGACUACACUAUGGUGGUGCUGGCUAACCACGACAGCUGUGUCAGCCUGGCCAGUGAGUCCAUCACUACUACCACUUUACCCUGCCGCCACACUGGCCUGCAGGCCUACCUAGACUGCAGUACCAACACAGCUCAGAUCUCCUGGACGUCUGGUAACGGCACUCUGAUCUACAAAGCCUUGGCCGAGGGCUUUGACAUCAAACACCAGCUCACCUGCUCCAGUCCCGGCUCCGGCUGCAAUAUCAGCAACCUGCAGUGUGGAGAGAGGUACAGGGUCAGCGUCAGGGGAGAGGGGCGCACCUGCCCCAGCCCCGCCCGCGACUGGGUCGUAGUCAACACAGCUCCCUGCCCCCCUACGGCUCUCAGCGUUCAGUCCUCUUGCAGCUCCGACAACAUCUCUGUCUCCUGGGUGGCAUCCCAUGGUUCCAUCUCCUACACGGCUAUCGCCGUGAGCAACGAGGGCCACUGGUUGUCAUGUAACACCAGCACAACAGCAGGUGAUAUCUCAGGACUGUUGUGUGGACAGGAGUACAAGGUCUACGCUGCCGGAGUGGAUAACAGCUGUGUAGGAGCCAAAAGCAACAUCUACAUUGUCAAUACUGCUCCUUGUGUUCCCACGGACGUGCAGAAUGGCUUGGACUGCUUAUCAGGUGUUCUCACCAUCACCUGGCAACAGAGCGGCUACACCCCCAACCAUUACCACGCCGAACUGACGAGCAGCGAGGGUUUGCUGACCGUGUGCGACACGAAUGUGACCACCUGCGUGGUUUCCAGAAUGCAGUGCGGUCUGACCUACAGUGUUGUGGUGGUGGCUCACGACGAUGUGUGCAACAGCUCCUACAGCCCCGCACAGCAGGUCACAGCAGCUCCCUGCCCUCCAGAUGCAGUCAGUGCCGUGGUGGACUGUGCCACCAACAUUGUCACGGUAACCUGGGACAACAGCGUUGCCGAGGUGCUGUACACAGUUACUGCUGAAUGUCCCAGUGGUCAGCACUACACCUGCAACCUCACGGGAAUAGGCUGUGACCUCAGCACCCUGUCAUGUGGCACAGAGUACAAUGUGACUGUCACCCCGUCACGUGGCGGCUGUGUCGGUGUCAACACACCGUCUCAGCUGGUCAAGACAGCGCCCUGCGUACCCCGCCUCACCGAGGUAGAGAUGGACUGUCUAUCAGAUUCCGCCUGGGUGGUAUGGGAGGAGUCAGUGGGUGCCGAGCUUUACGUUGCCGUGGCGACGGACAGCCAGGGGCAGACGUUUGAGUGUAACUCAACCGACAGUAACACGUGCGCUAUGCCAGAACUGCACUGCGGACAUCACUUUACCUUUACCCUCACCGCCUUAGACCAAAAGUGCUCCAGCGCACCUAGCAACGCUGUGGUGUCCGAGACAGCCCCUUGCCCUCCCCAAGACAUGCAGACCAAGGUGGGCUGUGAGAACCAUACGGUGAGUGUGUCCUGGACCCCCAGCGUGGGAGCUCUGAUGUACACGGUCACCCUGGAGCGCACAGACGGAGAGAUCACCUUCUGCACCACCGAUGGCACAGGAUGUGACAUCACACAGCUGCCCUGCGGAGAGAUGUACGUCCUGGCAGUAACCGCUGAGGGACGCACCUGUAACACCUCCGAGAGCAUGCGGACUAUUGUCAGAACAGUACCCUGCAUACCCCAGCGUCUGCAGGCCAGUGUGAGCUGCAGCAGUAAUGUGGCCAAUAUGAUGUGGAACACCAGCCGUGGGGGUCAGCUCUACUCUGUAGAGGCUACCGGAACCGACGGACACGUUGCAGGAUGCAUGUCCCAUGACACCCGCUGUGAUCUCACCGGCCUGCACUGCGGCCAGCACUACACCGCCACCAUGGUGGCACAAGACAGUGACUGCACCAGCCCUGUGAGUGACACUGUGGAGCUCAAGACAGCACCCUGCAUUCCUGCCACUGUGUCCACUGUGAUGGACUGUGCUGCCAACGCCAUGUCCGUGUCGUGGUCUAAGAGCUCGGGGGCUGACUCCUACAUAGCCACCCUGCAGGACAGCGACGGAAACUCCACCACCUGUCAAGCCCUGAGUGGAGCAGCUUCCUGUAACGUCACCACACUCAGCUGUGGUCAGAUCUACCAUGUCACUGUAGCUGCCUCUGACAGAUCCUGCAGCAGCCCAUCUACUGAUGUCACCGACACCCACGCAGGUAGGAAGGGACAAGGAAGUCUCACACACAUUCCCUCUAUCUAGAGGGAACCAUACUUAGGUCAGUCUGCAGUCAAAUAUACAUUUUCC